AGCAGCAGCUGAAAUCUGGAUGUUUGAUCCAAAUUCUGUCAUUCAGGAUGAAACCAGGAAAACCGGCUGCUUCCUGAAAUGAUCCGAGUUUCUGCAGGUCUCAGAAAGUCUCUCCUUCUCUUCUCUGAACAUUAAUACACACCUGUGAUGAGAACCUGCAGCUGGUUCUGGAGGUCCACCUUCUGCCUGACGCUCCUCAUCCCGCCCGGAUCGGCUCAGCAUGAAGACGGGAAUUCGGUUCUGGAGCCCGGCUUCUGCCAGCCCAUCUCCAUCCCGCUCUGCACCGACAUCGCCUACAACCGGACCAUCAUGCCCAACCUGCUGGGUCACAGCAGCCAGGAGGACGCGGGGCUGGAGGUCCACCAGUUCUACCCUCUGGUCCAGGUCCAGUGCUCGGCGGAGCUGCGGUUCUUCCUCUGCACCCUGUACGCGCCGGUGUGCACGGUGUUGGACCGGGCCAUCCCGCCCUGCAGGUCUCUGUGCGAACAGGCCCGGAACGGCUGCGAGGAGCUCAUGAACAAGUUCGGCUUCCAGUGGCCGGACCGGCUGCGCUGCCAGAACUUCCCGCCCCACGGAGCCGGAGAAAUCUGCGUGGGUCAGAACAGGAGCGAUUCUGCAGGUCCGGCCGAGCCGAACCCGACCGCCCGGCCUCCGCUCCUCUGGAGCGGCCAGCGGUUCUCCUGCCCCCCGCAGCUCCAGGUUCCGUCCCGCCUCAGCUACCGCUUCCUGGGGGAGGAAGACUGCGGCGCCCCCUGCGAGUCCGACAAACCCGGCGGACUGAUGCACUUCAGCCAGGAGGAAUUAAAGUUCAGCCGGGUCUGGGUCGGGUUCUGGUCCAUUUUGUGCUGCGUCAGCACGCUCUUCACCAUCCUGACGUAUUUACUGGACAGAAGGAGGUUCGUCUACCCGGAGCGACCCAUCAUCUUCCUGUCUGGCUGCUGCUUCAUGGUGGGGCUGGCCUACAGCGCCGCCUUCCUGCUGGAGGACAAGGCGGUGUGUGUGGCCCGGUUCAGGAAGGAGGGGUACCGGCUGGUGGUCCAAGGGACAGAGAAGGACGUCUGCACUGUCCUGUUCGUCGUCCUCUACUUUUUCAGCAUGUCCGGCUCCAUGUGGUGGGUCGUCCUGGGCCUCAGCUGGUUCCUGUCCGCCGGGAUGAAGUGGGGCCAUGAGGCCAUCCAGGCCAGCUCCCAGUACUUCCACCUGGCAGCCUGGGUGGUUCCGGCGCUGAAGACCGUCCUGGUGCUGGCGGUGGGCCGGGUGGAGGGCGACCUGCUCAGCGGCGCCUGCUCUGUGGGAGUCCACAGCCUGGAGGGCCUGCGGGGCUUCAUCCUGGCGCCGCUCUGCGUCUCCCUCCUCAUCGGCGCCUCCUUCCUGCUGACCGGCUUCGUGUCGCUGCUCCGGGUUCGGUCCAUCAUGAAGCACAACGGAACCGAGACGGAGAAGCUGGAGAGGCUGAUGGUGCGGAUCGGCGUCUUCGGCUCGGUCUACACGGCCUCCAAAGCGACCGCCAUCGCCUGCCUGGUGUAUGAACAGGCGUUUCGGCCGCAGUGGGACGCCGCCUGGCGGAUGCAGACCUGCAAACACUUCGCUACUCCAUGUCCGACCCGAAACUCACCGCCGGCCUCGCCGAACUUCACGGUCUUCAUGAUCAAGUACCUGUCGACCUUCACGGUGGGGAUCGGGUCUGGAUUCUGGGUCUGGUCCAGGAAGACGCUGCAGACGUGGCGCCGCUUCGCCAUGAACGGAGAGGCGGCGGCGUGGAGGUGAAGCUUCCGGGACCGGAACCAAACCGGCAGGAAGCCAAAGUGAAUCUACCGAACCCAAACGAACUAAGGGAGUUUUUAUUUGUACUGAAUUUUACACUGAAAAAACACAAAAUGUUACCAAAUAUUUUGGUCUUUAUUUCCAGUUUAAAUAUCUUAAUAAAACUAACUUAGAAGUAACUUUUCACCCAGACUGACUUGAUAUUCCUUAAUAUCGAUGAAAAAGUAUAUAUUGUAUUUACUGGCAGAUUAUUUUACUUGUAACAAAUACUUUUUCAUUAUUGACAUGAUACAAGCUUCUAUAUUUUAUUCAAGUUCCUAAUAAGUUAGUUUUGUUUUAUUUAAGUAUAUUUUUUAUUAUUAUUUUAUUCAGUUGUUUGACACGUCUUUCAGAGCUGCUACUUUUAAAUUGGGUUGUGCUUUAUAUGCACAAUGACACUAAAAGUUAUUCUGUGGUUUUAUGUGUUAAACAAUGUUUUCACCAGAAACUCAACAAAAACGAUUCUGUAAGAUUUUCUUCUUUUCUUCUCUCAGAUUUUUUCACCUUUUAAAAUGAUCAGUUUCUUUGAUGUUAAAUCAGGGUUUGACUGAACCGGCUGCUCUGAAUCUUUCUAAUCAACUCUAAAUUUUCCAGUUUGUUAGACAUCUUUUGUAAAAACAGAGCUCAGGUCAUGUGAUUCUCAGGUUAAAUUUGUUUUAUCCAAAAGUUUAUUUACAGAAACAGACAAUAAAAACUUAAAUCCACAGGAAACCGUUGAGUUUGGAGCAGAAGGACGAUCAGUCAGUCUGUCGUCACGUUUCCAUCAGUUUUUCACAUGAAGAUUAAAAUCCCAGAGAUCUUUGUUCACCGUCAGAAGCCGCCCUGGUUUUGGUGCUGAGGUUGGACUUUUUCUGUUUGCUCAACCAGCCCAUGGGUUUUACCUCCCGGUUGGGAGAUGAAAUGUUUUCCUCCUCAGAGGAGCAGCAGGAACGUCAGGACGUCGCUGCUGC